AUCAGUUUGUGUUUGAAGUUUACCUUUCGGUGGUGUCUAAAAGUGUAUACCAAGCUCCUCUUGCUCAGGACUUCCUUAGAGAGAGAGAUACUUAAGAAAACGUUCUAGUUCUCGUAUUAUUUCGUAUUUUAUUUUAUCAAACAAAAAUGAAGUGUGUUGUUGCUGUCUUGUUGAUCGCCGCCGUGGCUAGCGCUGUCCCCAUUGAGUAUGGACACUAUGCUGCUCCAGCCCUCGUGCACGCCGCCCCUGCCUACGUCCAUGCCCCCAUUCACAAGGCUGUGGUCCACGAACCAAUUGCGUACCCCAAGUACUCCUUCAACUAUGGCAUUAAGGAUCCCCACACCGGCGACAUCAAGUCUCAGGCCGAGGAGCGCGAUGGGGAUGUCGUGAAGGGACAAUACUCCCUCGUUGAGCCCGAUGGUUCCGUCCGUACCGUGGACUACACUGCCGAUGACCACAAUGGUUUCAACGCCGUCGUCCACAAAUCUGCCCCAACUGCCCACAAAGUCAUUGCCGCUCCAGCUGUCCACCUGGCACAUGCCCCAGUCCUCAGCCACUAUCUCCAUUAAGGCGGCCAUUCAUCUGUCUAAAGGCAUUUCAAUUACCAUAACACAUUAAUCGUUAAACGUCUCUCUUUCUCUAUUAUGUAUUUUUUUGAUAUGUAUUACCUGUAAGACAAGCGACGAAAGCAACUCAUUGCAUCACGAAGACAACGUUAUGCGUAAAGUUUAACCAACGCUAUUCAUCAUCAUCAUCGAUACUCUCCACCCACCACCAAGCAUUGUGUAGAGUUUAUACUUCCUUCUCUGUAGAGCUUCCUCCCUCUGCACAUUCCCCGUUUUUUUUGCUAUAUACUUUUCUCCUCCCAAUCCCUCUCCGUGAGAAUCACCCCCCAAGACAUCACCAAUAGAGCUUUUCGUUGUUGCAUCUGGGCAACAUGUGAUGGAUAGUGAGGGAAUGUAGGGUGUUUUAACUUGUGAUAAUCUCUCUUAUGAACUCUAUUAUCUAUUUUCAAUUUUUCUACACUUAUUUUAUUACACACUUUUCUUCCCUCCAAACUUUUCACAUCCAAAAGCACCUCGAAAGCUCCAUCCCGCAUGGUACAAGAUUUAGUGGAGAAAUUCUUCAUCUUUCGCUCUCUUUUGUCUUUGGCUCUACCUACUUCAGAGGAGCUUACGCCCCUUAUUAAACUUCUUGCUGAUCUCUUCUUCAGUGUUUUUUUUUACUUCCAAUCACUCUCCUACAAAAUGAUUAAUUAAAAAAAAUAUAUGUGGAGCAAUUUCUCCCGAUACACAAAAUACUCUCUAUUAUUUUACAAAAAAAAUGUGCAUAUAGAAAAUACAAGCAAUGUAUAUAACACAAAAAGCAAAAAAAUCAAAUAAAGUGUUGAAAAAACCAAAAUCUUAAAGCCACAAGUACUCUGCGUUGAUACCACUGCUU